GGCCAGCGGCUUUCUCCGCAUCUCCCCUCAACGAAAGGAGCUCAGACCGACUCUUGCUCCAGCUGUCUCCAGCUGCACGCGGUGGUUAAAUUCCAGCUCCCUCGCUGUCCUUCGUCUCAAUCCCAUCCUUUCUUCGUCGCAAGUCUCCUCUCUCUAUCAAUUCCCAAUUUUCUGAAGCAAAUCACCUUCUCUACACCUCCCUCCACAUAAUCCCUCCAUCACAAUGUCUGCCAGAAGAUUGAAGGUUGGCUGUGCCGGUCUCGGUCGCAUGGGCAAGCGCCAUGCUCUCAACUUCUUGCAGCGCACUCCCCGCGCAGAAUUGGUUGCAGUCAGCACUCCGGACGACAACGAGUUGGAAUGGGGCAAGGUUCACUUAGCCCCGUACGGCGUGAAGCUGUACAAGAACUACGACGACAUGCUGAAGCAUGAGGGCCUGGAAGCGGUGAUCGUUGCAUCCGCUACUGCCGUGCACGCGGAGCAGGCCAUCAAGGCCAUUGAGGCCGAUAAGGACGUUCUGUGCGAGAAGCCCUUGUCUACCAGUGUCGAGAUUUCUCAAUCGGUCCUCGACGCGGCAGCCAAGAAGCCCCAUCUCAAAGUCAUGUGCGGUUUCUCCCGCCGAUUCGACGCCUCCUACCGCGAUGCCCACAGCAAGAUGUCCGCUGGUGCCAUCGGCACAGCGUCAGUGAUGCGCAGCCAGACUUGCGAUAAGCUUGACCCGACGGGCUUCUUCGUGGCCUACGCCGAGUUCUCCGGCGGGAUCUUCGUCGACUGCUCCAUCCAUGAUAUUGACCUGGCACUGUGGUUCUUCGGCCAGGACAGCAAGGUCAAGUCCGUCUCGGCCGUGGGCAUUACAGCCGUGGAGCCCGAUCUCCGCAAGCACAACGACCGCGACAACGCCGUCGGCCUGGUCGAGUUCUACAAUGGCCGCAUCGCCUACUUCUACGCCUCGCGCAUGAUGGCCGCCGGCCAGGAGGACUCCACCGAAGUCAUCGGCACGAAGGGCAAGCUGGCCGUCAACACCCAGCCCGCCAUCAACCUGGUCAACGUCUUCGACGAGACCGGUGUCCGCCGCGAGCUGCCCCAGCACUACUACGAUCGCUUCGAGUACGCCUUCGUCACCGAGGCCAACGAGUUCACUGCCUCCUGCCUCGAGAACACCCCCGUGCCCUUGAAGCUGGAAGGCGCCGUCCAGGCGGUGCGCAUCGGAGCCGCCCUCCAGGAGAGUCUGAUUACCGGCGAAAAGAUCAACUUCGACGAGCAGGGCAACCGGAUCACCGCGGCGAGAUUGUAGACGCAGGGGGGGAAGAGAUCUUGC